UCUUGUGAAUCUCUAGCCAAAUAGAUGCUUAACGCUCGCAUCGAACACACCUCGACGGAGCCCCACGAGGGGGACGCCACUUGUGUGACGUAUUUCAACCAUCAGUUGUUCUCGGGCGGUGCCGAUGGCAAAAUACGCAUCUGGUCGGAAUCGUUAAAGUUGCUGCGAACGAUUGACGCCCAUGAAGCAUACAUUUAUUGCAUGGCCGUGAACGAGAACGGCAAACUAUAUUCGAGCAGCUGUGAUGGCCAGGUGAAGUACAUGCUGCCACCGUAUGCAGAUGCAUCUGCGAUGCAGGAGUUGUUCCGGUGCGAGGAUGCCAUUCAGGCCAUGUACUCCAAUGGCGGUGUUCUGUAUACAGGCGAUGAUAAAGGCGUGAUAACCACCUGGAGUAACGAUCGCAUGCUCUUCAAGUACAAUCUGGUCGAGGAGGUCAAAUCGGUGGCCGGGGAAGAGCAGCUCAUUUAUUCUGUACGUGAUUUGGAUGUUGUGGUCUCAACAGUUGUCGAGGGCAAGUCCGGCAAAUAUAGCAACAAUGCUGUAAUUCCGGGUAAAUCACCGCUAACCCUGCUCGGCCCCCUGGUGGGGGAGAGACACACCUAUUUGGCCUUUCCCGAUCGCACUGGGAUGGGUCUGCAGCUGGUGAAUAAUCUACCAACGCAUAAAUUUGCACACGUUUGGCAGCUGCCGCAAUGCCACGAAAUGAUUGUGAGCAGUCUGUGCGGGGAUGAGCAGCACUUGUAUUCCGGUGGCUACGACAACAAGGUCAAGGGCUGGACAGAUUUGGCAGCAAAACAGCCAAAAGCACUGGGAGAAGUCGACGUUGGCAGUUGUGUGAAUUUCAUUUGCUGUGGCACCGAAAAUCGUGUUUAUAUUGCAAGCAGCGAUGGCUUCAUACGUUGCGCCAAAUUUCUAUAAAUGUCUAAUUUUAAAAUGUACGUCAGAGCUGAAUAAAAUAUAUAUGGAUUAAA